AUGAAAGGGUUCAACACUAUCUUCCCCCGCCGCAAGGCAGGGCAGCAAACGAGAGUAAACAGCAAGCCUGUGGUGCUCAACGAGAAGACUCUCCAGCAGUUCUUCAGUCUCCCCCUGCAUGAAGCUGCUUACAAGCUAGGAAUCUCUGCCACCGCCAUGAAAUCCGCAUGCCGGAAACUUGGCAUCAAGAAGUGGCCGUACCGGUCUGUGUAUGGAGCCAAGACGCCAGGAGUCGGCAACUCAUCUUCCAGCCCAUCUAACCCAUGGAAGAAGGAAAGUUAUGACGCGACCCUGAGCAAGGACGCAGAACUUUUGGCGGAGACAGUGAUGAUGCUCCACGAGAACAAGACGGACGGGAAGGUGAAGGCUGGAGCAGGCGACAGUCACAACCCCGAGAUGUCUGUGUCCCGUCUCCUCAACUGA